AUGCCCUCCAGCCGUCGGCCGAGCGUCGACCCCGUCGAAGCCCACGCGCUCGAAGCGGCUGCCACUCUGCAGCACAUCGGCGCCAAACUCGUCUGCAUUGACUUUGACGCGACGUUCGUGACAGUGCACACGGGCGGCCAAUGGACCGCCUCGGCGGCCGACCUCCAGCUGCACGUGCGCCGCUUCUUUCUGCUCCUUGUGCCGCUGCUCUGCGACGCCCACGUGCACGUGGCGAUCGUCACGUUCAGUCCGCAAGUCGCACUCAUUCAGGACGUCUUGCGGCAGAGUUUCCCGCCGUCAGUGGCCGCGCAGCUCAUCGUCCGCGGCGACGACCGCUCGUGGGCCGUUCACGCGCGCGAGACGACGUCGUUCUUCCCCGAUGGGCCUCUGGCCGACGGCCGUCCGCUCGACCGCGCGUUCAAAGUGCCGUUCAUUGUCUCGGCCGCUCUGGCGGUCCACGAGCGCUCGGGCGACGCCAUUUGCAAUCGCGACACUGUGCUCGUGGACGACGACGUCGUGAACGUCCGCGUGGCCACUGACUGUGGCGUUGUGGGGCUGCUGUUUGACGCGGCGCUGCACGACAUGGAGUGGUUUUGCAAGCGCAUGCGCAGGUUACUCGUCCCCGCAGCAGCGCCGACGCUACUGGCGACGCCGCAGAAGGAGGAGAAGGAGGAGAAGAAGACGAGGUCCACUGCCGCGGCGAUGCUCGUGGGGCAGUCCGAGCGCACGUUCGUGCGGUCCAGUAACGCGCGGCGGCGACUGGCGGUCGCGAGCGGCAGUGGCAAACGCCCAACGGCACUGGCGUUCAAUCUGUGUACGCCGUCGCCAGUGAUGCGAGCAAAGUGCAGCGUCGACAUGGGGCGGCCACGAUCGAAACGGGCGUCGCGGAGCUUGCGGAGCUUUAGUCGAGAGGCGGACGCGGCGUUGCCAGUGGUCGACGAAGGGGCGACGUUUGCGAGCAAACAGGCGGUGCCGCGUACGCCAGUGGCGACGGUCUCUGCGUUGUCGGUGCGAGAGACGUUGGCGGUCGAAGGACUGCAGACGUCGCCUUUGGUUGCGUACAAAGUGUAG